AUGAUGUUGCAGUGGUUGGGCGCCAAGAUCAUGUCACUGGCGAAGUCUGAAGACCAGUUGAAACCUAUGCACAGAUUUUCAGGUCCCAGCUGCUUUUGUGGUCCGGAACCCGAGUUUUUCUACCUUAGCAUCAGCAGAGGGAAAAUUGCUCAGUUCAAAGAGCUGCGCGGCGGCGUGUUCUUUGUCUCGGAAAUACCGCGAAACGUUUGCGGAAAGGUGAUGCGACGCAACCUGCGCCAAUUCUGGGACCGCGAACGUUCCAGCUCGAAAGCCGAUUUGACGAUCGAUAAGAUUAAAUUGCCCAGCAUUGCCAGGCACGCAAACGCAUUUGGGAUAAAACUUUUC